CACCCAUACGCACUGCACUACCGCAUUGAUGAGACCGGCAGCGGCCGCCAUCGUUGUUUUAUCCAGUCCAGUGCAAGACACGAACGGAAUUUGGGUGCAGAUUGUGAAUUAAUUAUUCAGUGCUGGUGAUAAGCAACGACAGCGAGUGGCGAGGAGCGUGACAAAUCCAGGAUGGAUCAAAUCCCUCCGCCCAAGGAGGUGAAAAUCCUCGAAACCGCCGAGGAUAUCCAAGAACGUCGCCAGCAGGUCCUCACCCGCUACGACAACUUCAAACAGGACGCACGCGCAAAGCGCGAGAAACUCGAAGAUGCGCGUCGCUAUCAAUACUUCAAGCGUGACGCCGACGAGCUGGAAUCAUGGAUCAUGGAGAAACUGCAAGCCGCCUCCGAUGAGAGCUACAAAGAUCCCACCAACCUCCAAGCAAAAAUCCAAAAACACCAAGCGUUCGAAGCGGAAGUCUCCGCGCACAGCAACGCCAUUGUUGUGCUGGACAACACCGGACGCGAGAUGAUCAACCAGAACCACUUCGAAUCCGAAAUGAUACGCAAACGCCUUGAAGAACUCCACCGUCUAUGGGAGCAACUACUAUCAAAACUUGCUGAAAAAGGCAUGAAACUACAACAGGCAUUAGUAUUGGUGCAAUAUCUACGUCAGUGUGACGAAGUCAUGUUCUGGAUCAAAGAUAAAUGCACAUUUCUACAAACAGAGGAAUUCGGACAUGAUUUGGAACAUGUCGAAGUCCUACAGAGGAAAUUUGAUGAGUUCCAGAAAGAUAUGCAGAGUCAAGAAUACCGCGUGACUGAGGUGAAUGAACUCGCUGAGAAACUCAUCUUGGAUGGACACCCCGACAGAGAUACAAUCGUCACAAGGAAAGAUGAGUUGAAUGAAGCUUGGCAGAAACUGAAACAGAUGGCGCUCAUGCGUCAGGAUAAACUCUUCGGCGCGCAUGAGAUUCAGCGCUUCAAUCGCGACGCAGACGAAACAGUCGCGUGGAUUGCCGAGAAAGACGUGGUUUUAUCAUCGGAUGACUACGGUAGGGAUUUAGCAAGUGUACAAACACUUCAGAGGAAACAUGAAGGUGUUGAAAGAGACCUGGCUGCACUUGAGGAUAAAGUUUCCACGCUUGGAAAGGAAGCUGAUCGACUCUGUGGGAUCCAUGCUGAUCACGGUGAUCAGAUUCAAGCGAAACGUGCGGAGAUUGAGGAUUACUGGCAGAGUCUCACCGCCAAAGCGAAGGAACGCCGUGAAAAACUCGAUGAGUCGUACUUUUUGCAUCGUUUCCUCGCGGAUUUCCGUGAUUUGGUCUCGUGGAUCAACGAUAUGAAGGCGGUGAUCUCUGCGGAUGAACUUGCGAAGGAUGUGAGUGGUGCUGAAGCUCUGCUUGAACGUCAUCAAGAGCAUAAAGGUGAGAUUGAUGCACGUGAGGAUAGUUUUGCUACGACGAUUGAAGCCGGGCAUCAGUUGCUUGAGCGCGGCCAUUAUGCAACCGAUGAGGUGAAAGAGAAGUUGUCUACCUUGAGCUCGGAUAAGAACUCGCUGCUUGCGUUGUGGGAGGAGCGGAGGAUCUUGUAUGAACAGUGCAUGGAUUUGCAGCUGUUUUAUAGGGAUACCGAGUUGGCUGAUACUUGGAUGGCGAAGCAGGAAGCUUUUCUGGCGAAUGAAGAUCUUGGGGAUUCGUUGGAUUCGGUGGAGUCAUUGAUUAAGAAGCAUGAGGAUUUCGAGAAGAGUUUGGCUGCGCAGGAGGAGAAGAUUAAGGCGCUGGAUGAAUUUGCGACCAAGUUGAUUGAUGGACAGCAUUAUGCGGCUGAUGAUAUUGCUCAGAGGCGAUCAAUGUUACUGGAGCGUCGUUCUGAAUUGAAAGAAAAAUCAGCGAAUCGUAAAAUGUUGCUUGAGGAUGCCUCCAAGCUGCAACACUUUGAACGCGACUGCGACGAAACCAAAGGUUGGAUCAACGAAAAACUCAAGUUUGCAACCGAUGAGAGCUACUUGGAUCCCACAAAUCUCGGUGGCAAGCUUCAGAAACACCAAAACUUCGACCAGGAACUCAACGCGAACAAAACCCGCAUGGAGGAGAUCACCUCCACCGGCCAGGAACUGAUUGAUGUGCAACAUUACGCCGAGCCGCGUAUUCAAUCCCGCAUGGAUGAGAUUGUACAAUUAUGGGAGAAUCUUGUACAAGCCACCGAUAAAAAGGGAUCGAAGUUACAAGAAGCCAGUCAACAGCAACAAUACAACCGGACGAUUGAAGAUGUUGAGCUAUGGCUGUCCGAAAUCGAAGGACAACUCAUGUCGGAAGACUACGGUAAAGAUUUGACAUCCGUGCAGAAUCUACAGAAGAAACACGCGCUGUUGGAGGCUGAUGUAGGCAGCCAUCAAGACAGGAUUGAAACAAUCAAAGCUGCGGCCAAUCAGUUCGUCGAACGCGGCCAUUUUGAUUCGGAUAACAUUGCGCACAAGCAGAAGAACUUGGAUGAUCGCUACUGCGCUCUACAAACACCAAUGGCUGUACGCAAACAGAGAUUAUUGGACAGUUUACAAGUGCAGCAGUUAUUCCGAGAUAUCGAGGAUGAAGAAGCGUGGAUCCGCGAGAAGGAACCCAUUGCUGCGUCGACAAAUCGCGGACGUGACUUGAUCGGCGUGCAGAACUUGAUUAAGAAACAUCAAGCUGUGCUUGCGGAAGUUAACAAUCACGACGGAAGGAUUUCGGCUGUCAUUAACGCCGGUAAGCAGAUGAUGGAAGACGAACAUUUCGCGAGUGAUGAGAUACGUAAUCGGGUGACAUCUUUGUUUGAACACUGGAAUCUUUUGAAAGAGAAAGCGCAUCAACGCAAACAGGAUUUAGAGGAUUCCUUGCAAGCGCAUCAGUAUUAUGCGGAUGCAAACGAGGCGGAGUCAUGGAUGAAAGAGAAGGAACCCAUUGUGAAUUCGAUGGAUUACGGUAAAGAUGAAGAUUCCUCUGAGGCGCUUCUGAAGAAACAGGAAGCCCUGAUGAGUGAUCUUGUCGCGUUUGGCAAUACCAUCGAAGGAUUAAAGGAACAAGCGGCGAGUUGUAGGCAACAAGAACCACCCGCAGUUGAUGUGACAGGCAAAGAAGCCGUUAUCGCCCUCUAUGAUUACACCGAGAAAUCACCGAGGGAAGUUUCCAUGAAAAAAGGCGAUCUUCUCACCCUGCUGAAUUCAAAUAAUAAAGAUUGGUGGAAGGUUGAGGUGAAUGAUCGACAGGGAUUCGUUCCGGCUGCGUACGUGAAGAAAAUGGAAGCUGGACUUACAGCCUCCCAGCAAAAUUUGGUCGAUAAUAACUCCAUUGGCGCUAGGCAGACGCAAAUCAACGGGCAGUAUGAGCGUUUGAUUAAUUCCGCCAAUGAACGCCAGAAGAAGUUGAACGAGACGGUGAAAGCGUAUGUUUUGGUGCGUGAAGCAGCCGAUCUGGCUAACUGGAUCAAGGAUAAGGAAAUGCAUGCGCAGAUUGAGGACGUCGGCGAGGAUUUGGAACAGGUGGAGGUGUUGCAGAAGAAGUUUGAUGACUUCCAGACGGAUUUGAAGGCGAACGAAGUGCGAUUGGCGGAGAUGAACGAAAUUGCCAUGCAGUUGGUAACACUGGGCCAGACCGAAGCUGCUUUGAAGAUUCAAACACAGAUGGAGGAUUUGAAUACCAAGUGGCAUUCAUUGCAACAACUGACGGCUGAGAGGGCGACACAACUUGGCAGUGCGCAUGAAGUGCAGCGGUUCCAUCGCGAUGUGGAUGAAACCAAGGAUUGGAUUCAAGAGAAAGAGGAAGCGUUGAACAAUGACGAUCUUGGGAAGGAUUUGAGGAAUGUCCAGGCUCUGCAGAGGAAACAUGAAGGCUUAGAGAGAGAUUUAGCGGCUUUAGGCGACAAGAUUCGACAAUUGGACGAGACCGCAAAUCGACUGGUACAGACACAUCCGGAGUCUGCCGAGAUGACACUCGAGAAACAACGUGAAAUCAACGAGGAAUGGACGCAGUUGACAGCGAAAGCCACGUCAAGGAAGGAAAAACUCUUGGAUUCGUACGAUUUGCAACGAUUCCUCAACGAUCAUCGUGAUUUACUCGCCUGGAUCCACUCCAUGCUUGGUUUGGUCAGUUCAGAAGAACUUGCGAAUGAUGUAACUGGUGCUGAGGCACUCAUCGAACGCCAUCAGAGCUACAGAUCGGAAUUAGAUGCACGUUACGGAAAUGCUGUGCAGGAACAUCGCACGGAAAUCGAUGCCAGGGCUGGUACUUUCCAAGCGUUGGAGAUGUUUGGUCAACAAUUGUUGCAGUCCAAUCAUUAUGCAAGUCCUGAGAUUCAGGAGAAACUUGAAGCUUUGAAUAAAGCACGUGAAGAGCUUGAAAGAGCCUGGUUAGAGCGCAGAGUUCAAUUGGAUCAAAAUCUUGACCUGAACUUGUAUUACCGUGAUUGUGAACAGGCUGAGAACUGGAUGUCCGACCGUGAGGCUUUCCUGGCUUCCGAAGAAGUGGAUUCCAAGGGCGAUAAUGUCGAAGCACUCAUCAAAAAACACGAAGAUUUCGAUAAAGCUAUCAAUGCACAUGAAGAGAAAAUUGCUGCGUUGCAAUCACUUGCGGAUCAAUUGAUUGCUGAUGAACACUACGGUGCACAACAGAUUGACGAUAAACGUAACCAAGUUUUAGACAGGUGGCGACAUCUAAAGGAGGCUUUGAUUGAUAAGCGAUCGAAGUUAGGAGAGAGUCAAACCCUCCAGCAGUUCUCGCGUGACGCGGAUGAAAUUGAAAACUGGAUCGCUGAGAAACUACAACUGGCUACCGAGGAAUCCUACAAGGAUCCAGCUAAUAUCCAGUCGAAACAUCAGAAACAUCAAGCGUUUGAAGCCGAGAUUGCUGCGAAUGCUGACCGUGUGCAAUCUGUGUUGUCCAAUGGCGAUACUUUGAUCAAAAAGCGACAAUGCGCUGGUUCCGAAGAGGCUGUCGAGCGACGCAUCAAGAGUAUCACCGAACAAUGGGAGUUCCUCACACAGAAGAGUCAAGAGAAGAGCUUGAAGUUGAAGGAGGCGAAUAAACAACGCACGUAUAUCGCCGCCGUGAAAGAUUUGGACUUUUGGCUUGGCGAAGUUGAAAGUCUAUUGACCAGCGAAGAUUCCGGCAAAGAUUUAACCUCCGUGCAGAAUCUGAUCAAGAAACAUCAGCUCGUCGAGGCUGAUAUCCAAGCGCACGAAGACCGCAUCAAGGAUAUGAAUGAUCAAGCCGAUUCUCUCAUUGAAUCCGGCCAGUUUGACACGGCGAAUAUUCAAGAGAAGCGACAGAGCAUCAAUGAGCGCUAUGAGAGGAUUAAGAACCUCGCUGCGCAUCGGCAGGCGCGUCUCAACGAAGCGAACACUCUGCAUCAAUUCUUCCGAGAUAUUGCUGAUGAGGAAUCGUGGAUCAAGGAGAAGAAACUGCUCGUUGGGUCGGAUGACUACGGCCGUGAUUUAACCGGCGUGCAGAAUCUGAAGAAGAAGCAUAAGCGUUUCGAGGCGGAGCUUGCUUCCCACGAGCCUGCGAUUCAGGCCGUGCAGGAAGCCGGCGAGAAGCUGAUGGAUGUGUCGAAUUUAGGAGUGCCUGAGAUUGAACAGCGUUUGAAGGCGCUGAAUCAAGCCUGGGAUGAGUUGAAGCAACUAGCGGCCACCAGAGGACAGAAGUUGGAUGAGUCCUUGACUUAUCAACAGUUUUUGGCGACUGUUGAAGAAGAAGAGGCUUGGAUCUCCGAGAAACAGCAAUUGUUGUCCGUGGAGGACUAUGGAGAUACCAUGGCUGCUGUGCAGGGGUUGUUGAAGAAGCACGAUGCUUUCGAUACGGAUUUCCAGGCGCAUCGCGAUAGGUGUAAUGAUAUCGGUGAGGAUGGUAAGAAACUGGUGGCUGAGGAGAAUCAUCACAGCGAGGCGAUCAAGCAGAAGUGUCAGCAGCUGCAGAAUAAGUUGGAUAAUCUGGCGGCGUUGGCCAGCAAGCGGAAGAUGAAGUUAUUGGACAACUCUGCAUAUUUGCAGUUCAUGUGGAAGGCGGAUGUGGUGGAAAGCUGGAUUGCUGAUAAAGAGACGCAUAUUAAGAGUGAAGAUUUCGGUAGGGAUUUGUCUUCGGUGCAGACGCUGUUGACAAAACAGGAGACUUUUGACGCUGGUCUCUCUGCGUUUGAGCAUGAAGGCAUCCAGAACAUCACAACACUGCGCGAUCAGCUAAUCCAAGCUAACCACGACCAGAGUAACAGCAUCAACGAACGCCACGCUGAUGUCAUCAAUCGCUGGCAGAAACUGCUCGCCAAUUCGGACGCGCGUAAGAAGCGCCUGCUGCACAUGCAGGAACAGUUCCGCCAAAUCGAGGACCUGUUCCUAACGUUUGCCAAGCGCGCGUCUGCGUUCAACUCGUGGUUCGAGAACGCCGAGGAGGAUCUCACUGAUCCUGUGCGUUGCAACUCCAUUGAAGAGAUUCGCGCGUUGCGUGAAGCGCAUGCGCAAUUCCAGGCUUCGUUAUCUUCGGCUGAAGCUGACUUCCAAGCUUUGGCGCAGCUCGACCAACAGAUUAAGAGUUUCAACGUUGGAACCAAUCCCUACACCUGGUUUAACAUGGAGGCGCUGAAGGAGACUUGGCAUAAUCUGCAAAAGAUUAUUGCCGAGCGCGAUGUGGAGCUGAGUAAGGAGGCGCAUCGUCAGGAGGAGAAUGAUAAGCUGCGCAAGGACUUUGCCAAGCAUGCCAACCUCUUCCAUCAGUGGCUCACUGAGACUCGUUAUCGUAUUCUAGGCUGGGAUGGGACUUCCAUGAUGGAAGGUUCCGGUUCUCUGGAGCAGCAGCUAGAGGCCACUAAGCGCAAGGCGGCCGAAGUUCGCGCGCGCCGUUCUGACCUCAAGGACAUCGAAGGUUUAGGCGCUAUUCUCGAGGAGCACCUUAUUUUGGACAAUCGCUACACUGAACACUCCACCGUUGGGCUGGCUCAGCAAUGGGACCAGCUUGACCAGCUCGGUAUGCGUAUGCAACAUAAUCUGGAGCAGCAGAUUCAAGCGCGUAAUCAAUCGGGCGUGUCCGAGGAUGCCCUCAAGGAGUUCUCGAUGAUGUUCAAGCAUUUCGACAAGGAGAAGUCUGGCAAGUUGAAUCACAACGAAUUCAAGUCUUGUCUGCGCGCAUUGGGAUACGAUUUGCCGAUGGUGGAGGAAGGACAGCCGGAUCCGGAGUUUGACGCCAUCUUGGAUGUGGUCGAUCCGAAUAGAGAUGGCUAUGUGUCGCUGCAGGAGUACAUGGCGUUCAUGAUCAGUAAGGAGACUGAGAAUGUGCAGAGCUCCGAGGAGAUCGAGAAGGCCUUCCGGGCAAUCACCGCCGGCGAUCGACCGUACGUCACGAAAGAGGAGUUGUACGCCAAUCUCAACAAAGACAUGGCGGACUACUGCGUCUCGCGGAUGAAACCAUACUGUGAGCCGAAGACGGAGCGGCCGAUUGCCGGCGCCUUGGAUUACUUGGACUUCACACGGACGCUCUUCCAGAAUUGAGAAACAAAUUCUAUUUAGUGUUAAUCAAAUAUUUAUCACAUUUAUGAGGUGUUUGGGCACUUUGACAACAUUCGCUUGGCUGCAACAAUUGUUUAAUUCUUAUUCUCUGUACUUUGUUCAUUUCACUGCCCUACGAUUUUUUUUAUUUCGAACGACUAUUGACUAGUGAUGCUACAGAAACAGCUAAUUGUGGUAGUUCAAUAGACAUAUAUAUUCAAUUAUUAUACGAAGAUAUGCUGGAUAACAUUUAUAUAGUUUGCUUUAAAUAUAUAACUAUGAACGCA